AUGUCCAAGAUGCCGGCCAAGAAGAAGAGCUGCUUCCAGAUCACCAGCGUGACCACGGCCCAGGUGGCCAGCAGUAUCACCGAGGACACUGAGAGCCUGGACGACCCAGACGAGUCCCGCACCGAGGAUGUCUCCUCCGAGAUCUUCGAUGUGUCACGGGCCACGGACUACGGCCCGGAGGAUGUCUGCGAAAGGAGUUCCUCCGAGGAGACUCUCAACAACGUGGGUGACGCCGAAACUCCUGGUGCUGUCUCCCCUAACCUUCUCCUGGAUGGGCAGCUUGCGGCAGCGGGGGCCGCUGCUGCGCCUCCGCCGGCUGCAGCUAACGGGGGGGCCAUGCCCAAAAGCACCGCGGUGCCCCAAGUAACUGCUGUCCAAAUCCCCUCCGCGGCGGCAGGAGGCAGCAGUGCGCAGGCUUCCGCUCCCGGGACCAUGUCUCAGACCACUGCGGCCGCAUGCAGUUCACGCUUCAGGGUGAUCAAGCUGGACCACGGUACGGGGGAGCCCUAUAGGCGGGGACGAUGGACGUGUAUGGAAUUUUACGACCGGGACUCGGACAGUAGUGGCGUCCUGGCCAGGACUGGGGAUUGCAUUAGACAUAGCAGCACCUUUGAGCAGGCUGCUCAGGAAAGAGAUAGUGGCUUGGGUGCCACGGGGGGCUCCAUGGUAAUGUCGGCGGUGCCAGCAUCGGCACAGGGCCCAGAGUCCCUAGCUGACAGCUCCCUUACUGCUGUGUCACAGCUGCUCCAGACGGAGAAAAUGAACCAGCCCUCUUUACAGCAACCUAAUUUUGUCAUUGGGCAGCAACAGCAGCUGCAGCAGCCCAUAGGCGGGGCCAUUCCUCAAAGUACUGCUCAGCCGAUGUAUUCUGGGGCUACAUUAACGAGUCAGCAGACUGUGGUGCUGCCGCAGCAAACCCAGUCACAGGUAAAUGCACAAAGUGUUGUACAGGGUGGACCUAACGGGAAGGGUAUGCCACCUCCAAAUGUAACAGUAGCCCAACCGAGCAUGCCCAUGUCACAGCAGCAGGUACAGCAAGCAAAUGUACCAGUGACUCAACCUCAGCAAUUUGCUUAUUCUCAGCCCCAAAUUCCACCAGUGCAUCUACUGCCAACACAAGCUUCUGGCCAGACAGAAUACAUGCAACACAUGACAGUUUUGCAGAGUCAAGGAACUAUUCAACAAGCUACUACAAGCUCUGUUCCAAGUACUGGGGCUUCCAGCCUUCCUGUGGGCCAGAUGGCUGGCCAGAAUCCUUCACCUGUUGGCGCACCGAUGAUGGGAGUUUCACCACAGCCUAGUGAAGCAGUGGGACAGGGAUCAGGAUUGAUGCAGAGUGGCCAGACUCCAUCUAGUCAGACUGUCAUACCGCAGCCGGGAGGUGUGGUGCAGCAAAGCAUUGGACAUACAGGGGUUGUGCAACAGAAAUCCAUUACUCAGCAUCAAAUGGGUGGAAGUAGUCAAGUGUCUGGAAUGCCUGGUGCUCCUCAUGCUAUAGUCUCUGGAGUUCAGAAUGUGCCUGCAGUUGUGCCCGGUACAAGUGUGCCUAGUGUGUCUACCACUUCUGUUACUAUGCCAAAUGUCCCUGUUACUUUAGUUCAGUCACAGCUGACCAGCCAUACAUCUGUCAGUAGGAGUACCAGUGUUGUCCAACAACAUGUUGGACUUUCACUAAUGCAAGGCACAACUAAUGUACUUACAAAUCUGCCACAAUCCAACCUUGGACAGUUUCAGAGUCAGACUCAACCUUUAGUAGGCCAGAUUGAUGAUACUAGAAGAAAAUCAGAACCCCUACCUCAGCCACCACUUUCUCUCAUUGCUGAAAGUAAGCCUCUUGUGAAGCCUCCCAUUCCAGACACUCUAACAAAUCCUCUUCACUUACCUGCAACUACUCCUAUGAACAGUCUUGCCAGCUCUGUAUUUGGCAUAUCUAUUCCUGUUGAUGGUGAUGAAGACAGGACUCCUUCAACUGCUUUCUACCAAGCAUUCCGUUUGAACAAGUUAUGUGAAUCGAACUUAAUGUGGGACAGUGCGUCUGGUGCAAGUGUUGUAGCCAUUGACAACAAAAUAGAACAGGCAAUGGAUCUGGUGAAAAGCCAUUUGAUGUACGCAGUCAGAGAAGAAGUGGAAGUCCUGAAGGAACAAAUAAAAGAAUUAAUCGAAAGAAACUCUUUACUUGAACGAGAAAAUGCACUGUUAAAAUCUCUUUCAAACAAUGAUCAGUUAUCCCAACUCUCAACUCAACAGGCCAAUCCUAGUAGCACUUCACAACUGCAAACAGUGAUAGCACAGCCUCCUCAGCCAACGCAACCUCCACAGCAGCCGAAUGUUUCCUCAGCGUAAAGCUUUUCUUUCCUCAUUAAGAAAAAACUGAAAGCAAUCUGUCCUUGUGUGCCACUGGUGUUCUUUCCACUUUAUAUGAAAGCAAGUAGCCAUGCUUCAGUUGUGUGUUUUGGCCUUUUCAGUAUUAGACAAUCAUUCUACAAGAGCUUUCCCUCACUUUGAGAUGUCAUACAGCGCAGUUGGUGUCCAGUUAUGUCAUCAGUGCACAAGGGAAAUGGUAGAAGGAGUUAAUGCAAAGCGUAUGCAUUUAUUUGGUGCGCAUGAGUGGGGUCUUUAAGAGCUUUGAUGGCUCUCCAAGGUUUCCAUUACCCAUGGAUUACUUUGAGCCUUGCUAUCUCAUGUAAGAAGUAACAAUUCAUCUUAAGAGCCACUGUUCUUUCAGUAUAAGUAACAUUUGCCUAUAUUAGUUUCAUUUAUUUGUUUUAUUUAUUACAGGGCUGCUAUUUUCAUAAUGUACAUGAACAAUGUCACAGAACUUUUUUUUUAAUUUUUUUUAAUAAAUGUAAGUAUCAGUAAAAAUUGAUAGACGGGAUUGCGUUUAAUAGAUAAAAUGUUUAGGCAAUAAUUGAACAAAAGAAUCCUGGCAUAUUUCUAACACUAAUGGCAAUUUACCUUUGGUAUUUAUUGACGGUAGUCAAGACCCAGCUUGAAUGUACAUUUUGUAUAGAGUGUAAGUAUGAAGACCAUAGUGCAUCUGUACAGGUAGUCACCAGUUAUUGUGAUAUAAUAAAUAAUUGAUGGGCUAUUUUGAUGAAGAAAACUUUGCUCAUUUCUGUUUCUACUUUCUAAUAGAGAGAAAUUGCCAUGAUUCCUCUGCUUUUUGACAUUUUGUAUGAUUUUUUUUUUUUUUUUUUGGGGUGGGAAUAAAAAGCUGUGAAAUUGUUCAACCUACUUUGUAACCAAAGAAGCAAAGCUGUGUAAUUGAGUUUUUUUAUUUUAUAAUGCACAUUCUUUAUGUAUUUUUAUUUAGUGUUUUUCUCAUUCACAAUUUUCUUUGCUGUCUAGCAUGAUCUGCAUGACCUAUAAUCUUUGAACCACUUUCGUACCUCAUGUUUUUAUCCAGCACUCUUAUUGUAAUAUGUAAUAGUCUGUGAACAAUGUCAAAUAAAAAAAGAACGAACAGCUGGUGUUGGUGGAGCUGCGCUAGUGUACUAUGCACUAGUUCAUUAAAAAAAAUGAAGUGAGCCAUCUUUUGUUCAUUUAAAAUGGUGUUUUGAAUUUCGUAUGAGAAAACGUUUUGUUACAUUGCAGAUUUUAAUGUAUUUAAUAAAUGCAACAUGCAGAUUAAGUGCAGUGUAUAUUGAGUAUUUAAAUUAAAAAAAUGUACAUUUCAUAAAUAGUUUCAAGAGAGACCAUCAUUUGUGUAUACUAACACAUAGUGUGUCAGAAAUUGAUGUAUAAAUAUAUAUAUUUUAACACAUUUUCUGAAAUUAAACUGCAGUUUUGUUGAA